CGAGAGACAUUUCCGCUUCCUGCUUCGACGACCAGCAGCAGCAGGAGCUGGAGCUCCACAGUCUCUCUCACACACACACACACACACACACACACACACGCCGAGUGCAGGCGCAGGGACUAGGGGGAGAGAGAGGACCGAGACAGACGCAGGGGGGAACCGCUGCCUGCCGUCGGCUACUUAAGGGCAACAACCCCCCCCCCCCCCCCGGAACCGACCACCGCGAUGUUUCCACCGCCGGUGCGACGAUAAACGCAGCGACACAGGAGCGUUUCUCACGCAGGAAGACAACAACAACAAGCCUCGACCGGGCGGAGGAAGGAGCAGCAGCCGGGGACCACCAGCACCUCCACCACCGCUGCUCUCCCUCCCCGCCUCCAGCCUCCGGCGGGAUGUCGGAGCGCGGAGGGCUCCCGCGGACCGGCGGCGUCCCCUCGCCGCACAUGCAGCCCUCCAAGCCGGUCAGCAUCACCUCCAACCGGCCGGUCCACAUGAACCUGUACGCCACCUGGGAGGUGGACCGCUCGUCGCCCAGCUGCGUGCCCAGGCUGUUCAACUUGACUCUGAAGAAGCUGAUCAUGCUGAAGGAGCUGGACAAAGACCUCACGUCGGUGGUGAUCGCCGUCAAACUGCAGGGCUCCAAGCGGAUCCUGCGCUCCAACGAGAUCCUGCUGUCGUCGGCGGGGCUGACGGAGACCGACCUGCAGCUCACCUUCUCCCUGCAGUAUCCACACUUCCUGAAGAGGGACGCCAACAAGCUCCAGAUCAUGCUGCAGCGGCGGAAGCGCUACAAGAAUCGCACCAUCCUGGGAUACAAGACGCUGGCGCUGGGCCUCAUCAACAUGGCCGAGGUGAUGCAGCACCCCAGCGAAGGGGCCCAGGUCCUGGGGCUCCACAGCCAGCUGAAGGACGCCUCGGUGCCCGUGGCCGAGGUGCGGGUCUACUCCCUGUCCAGCCAGCCCAUCGACCACGAGGGGCCCAAAGCCAAAAUGUCCGAUCGCUCGCCCGACAUCGACAACUACUCGGAGGAAGAGGAGGAGAGCUACUCGUCGGAGCAGGAGGGCAGCGACGACCCCGUCCAUGGGCAGUAUCUGUUCGACGAGGACGAGGAGGUGAGGAAGAAGAAGCCGAGGCGCAAGCUCGCCUCCAACGCCGCCAUCACCAGACAACCGAACAUCAAGCAGAAGUUUGUCGCCCUGCUGAAGAGGUUUAAAGUCACAGACGAGGUCGGUUUCGGCCUGGAGCACGUGAGCAGGGAGCAGAUCCAGGAGGUGGAGGAGGACCUGGACGAGCUCUACGACAGCCUGGAGAUGUACAACCCCAGCGACAGCGGGCCGGAGAUGGAGGAGACGGACAGCAUCCUCAGCACGCCCAAGCCAAAACUACGGCCGUUCUUCGAGGGAAUGUCUCAGUCCAGCUCGCAGACGGAGAUCGGCAGCCUGAACAGCAAAGGCAGUUUGGGCCGAGACCCGUUCAGCCCGCAGGGGGAGCAGCCUCCGUUGGAGAAGAUGAAAACCUCCCGCAGCCGCAACCUGGAGGAGGCGCUGUCCGAGACGGACACGCUGGAGCUUACGGAUCAGGAGCUCUUCGCCGAGGUGGGCCCCUGCAUCACGGUGUCGGUUGCCGAGAAACCCCGUACGCCCAUGAAGAGCAGCAAGAGUGAAAUGCAGCCCAUGCCGUCGCCAAGGCUGGACGGAGGCCACACGCCCCGACAGAAGCGCAGCAGCACUCCGAUGAAGGAGCGGCAGCUCUCCAAACCGCUGAGCGAGCGCACCAACAGCUCCGACUCGGAGAGGUCGCCGGAGCUGGGACACAGCACGCCGGUCCUGAGGAAGGCGGUGUACGACCAGCUGAACCAGAUCUUGUUGUCGGACUCAGGGCUCCCGGAGAGCCUGAUCCUGGUCAAUGGAACGGACUGGCAGGGGCAGUAUGUGGUGGAGCAGCUCCAGGUGCAGAGGCACCCGGUGGUCUGCACGUGUUCGUCGGCUGAAAUCCAGGCGGUGCUGUCGGCCGUGCUCACCCGCAUCCAGAAGUUCUGUAACUGUAACUCGUCCAUGCCCCGGGUGGUGAAGGUGGCGGCGGUGGGCAGCCAGAGCUACCUGGGGGCCAUCCUGCAGUUCUUCGUCACGCAGCUCGCCAGCAAGACGUCCGACUGGCUCAACCACAUGCGCUUCCUGGUGGUGCCUCUGGGCUCCCAUCCGGUCGCCAAGCACCUGGGCGCCCUCGACAACCGCUACAGCUCCUCCUUCCUGGACGGGCCGUGGCGAGACGUGUUCAGCCGCUCGGAGCCGCCGCAGUCAGGUGCAGAUCAGCUGGAUGUCGCUGGAAGAAUCUCCCAGUACAUCGGCGGAGCCACCGUCACACACCAGCUGCCCAUCGCCGAGGCCAUGCUCACCUGCAAACACAGGACGCGAGAUGAAGACUCGUACCAGAAAUUCAUUCCUUUUAUCGGGGUGGUGAAGGUUGGUCUCAUCGAGUCCGGCUCUUCUCCGACAGGCGACGCGGACGAGGGCGUGGCCGUGAGUCUGGCCGUCCCCUCCACGUCCCCCCCCUCCCACAGCUCCCCCACGGGGAUGAUCAAAGAGGCGGCCACGCCCCCCUCCUCCCCCUCCAUGGGCAGCGUCGGGACGGUGCAGGGGAGCCCCAGCAUGUCUCACGGCGUGGACGCCAUCGGCCUGCAGGUGGACUACUGGCUGGCGUCGCUCGCCGAGAAGCGUCGGGAGGGCGAGCGGCGCGACGCGACCUGCAAGAACACCCUGAAGAGCGCCUUCCGCUCGCUGCAGGUCACCCGGCUGCCGGGCGGCGGCGUGGGCGUGGGCGUGGGCGGCGGCGACCCGCAGGCCCAGGUCAGCACCAUGGCCAUGACGGUGGUCACCAAGGAGAAGAACAAGAAAGUCCCCACCAUCUUCCUGGGGAAGAAGCCCAAGGAGAGGGACGUGGACUCAAAGAGCCAGGUCAUCGAAGGCAUCAGCCGACUCAUCUGCUCCGCCAAGCAGCAGCAGACCAUCCUGAAAGUGUCCAUCGACGGCGCGGAGUGGAACGACGUGAAGUUCUUCCAGCUGGCCGCCCAGUGGCCCACUCACGUCAAGUACCUGCCCGUGGGACUUUUCGGCUACAGCAAGCCCCCCUCCUAGGGGCGAGCGCCCGCCCCCUCUCCGGCUCCUCGGACCCGGACUUGACCUCUGACUCUGCUCGCUCCUGUCGCACCUCCACACGCAGAGCCCCGCCCCCUCCUCUCAGCCCCCAACCUCGAGUGGCCGGACUACUUUUCUUUCUCUCCGUCUUUAAUUUUACAGUCGUCUCUUAUUUCUGUUUUGGGGAAGGAUACGAGGAAGAGGAGGAGGAGGAGGAGGAGGAGGAGGGCGGUGGUGUCGGGGUGCGGCGCUGUUACUGGUCACUUUAAUGCCCCUUUCAGUGCGUGUUUGCGCGCGUGUGUGUGUGUGUGUGCGGCGACACGCCCGAAUGUACAGAGUGCGUGUGCGUGUGUUUACAAAGGGGGCUUUACAGCACAAGUGUAUUAGCUAACUGCCAAUUUUACGUUUCCGUUCUAUGGAAUUCAAUAAGCAUGCGACGACCGACUCGCCGACCUCGAGCCCCUCAAAGUCCGACGCCGCAAACUUUUGACCCCUUCCGACCCGUCGCCUCGACGACCCCCCGAUCCACACGUGCAUGCGCCGAACCAACGGACACACCGCUCACGUGCCGUACACACUGAGUGACAAUGGCAAAAAGGUAGGGGGCUUCCGUGUUGUCGCAUGAGCCAAUGACAACUCCCAACAAAAGUCAUAUUCUACAACACGCCCUUCAAAACAGGCCUUUUUUAAAAAAUGUAUUUAAUUUCAAGGGCUUCUGUAUAACAGUUUAAAAAUACAUUUCGCUGUACCGGCGUCAUUCAUUUGGACAUCUGAUGCCAAAUGUUUCCUUUAAGAAAAAAGAAAAAAAAGUGGAAGUGUUAUUGUGCUCUUGUGAAAAAAGUAGUAAAAUAACCUCUGCUGAUGCUGAUGCGUGGUGCGUAGUGGGUGCACUUUUCCUCCAUCAUCUUUAUCCGCUAUGCACUUAUGAGUACACACGCGUAUUUGCGCGCCCCCCCCCCCCCCCCCCCCGGACAGCAGAUAUGCAACAGGAAGCUGAAAUGUUCAAAGACGCAGCAGCGUUCAUGGGAAUGUGACGGGGAGAGCUUUCCCCCGGAGGAGAGUUCAUGCAACAAGAAACGGGAGUUAAUCACCCGCAAUAAAAGCACAAUGUCGUCGCCACGGCAACUUCACUCUCCUCUAAAAAAAGAUAAAAAUAACAACAACCCCAAUGCUCGGAAACUCCGUCAUAACUUUCAUUUUAAUGGGGGGGGGGGGGGGGGGGGGGGGUUCACUUAAUCUUGGAUCCAGGACCUGCUUCCUGUUUUCUCUAGGAUGUCGUGAGGUGAUUAGUGAGUGUUCAGUAACUGGUGACAAAGUGUGUGUGUGUGUGUGUGUGUGCGGUGAAAUUAAUUUAAUGUGGUCGGAAACCUUAAACUUCAAAUAAAUAAAUCACUAAAUAGGCGAAACACUUUUUUUUCUACCAUCAUGUGAAGGAGGGCGCAUGUGUGCGUGUGUGUGUGUGUGUGUGUGUGUGUGUGUGUGUGUGUGUGUGUGUGUGUGUGUGUGUGUGUGUGUGUGUGUGUGUGUGUGUGUGUGUGUGUGUGUGUGUGUGAGAGAGACUAAUUUGGUUGGAAUGAAUUGAUGGUACAGAUCUAAGAAUGUGUCUGGAUCAAUAAUUGAUCACCUACAUCGUAACACUCUCCACAUCUCCAGUGAAGUAUUAGCAACAUAUAUUUUUGAAUAGUGUGUUGUUGUUUUUUCUGGAUUGAUUGAUUGAUAAUGAAUAUUGCUCCCUGUCCCGUGUCGAUAUGACAGUGUUAACAGUUGUCAGUACUUGUCUCCGACUGGGCUCGUCUCCUGCCACACGAGCUUUCAGAAGCUCGUCUGGUCUUGAUUUAUUUAUUUUAAUAUCCCCUCCCCCCUUCAAAUAUUUGAAUGUAUCGAAUUCGGUGUACAUUUUGCCGUCUUUGCAAUCUUUGUGAACGACAGAUUUCUUAGGAUAUGCGUCGCUGUGAUACCAUGAGUUGUUGCUGAUUGGCCCGAAAACAGACAGAUUGUUCUCCAGAAAUUAACCGUUGCUCCGCCCCCGGGGGGUUUUCUCCAACUUUUACAACAACAAACAAAAAAAAAGGAUCAGAGCUGCCAGUGGGCCCUUGAGCGCGGCGCCGUCGACAGCCGCAGAGACCGACUUUGACUGGGCCUUGUGGUCAUUGUGCAACCUCUUGAAUAACUUGUAAAAGAUAUUUAUAAUUUGCCACUGAUGACGGUAUUAAUGUCGAUGAAUAUUAUGCUAUAGAGGGGGGGAAAAACGUUUCCGUUGCCACGUUUUGAGACCAGAUUUCCACGUAACAUCCCCUUUGGUUAGCGUGGAAUAUGUCCCCCAUCUUGUUUUUAAAGCUGCACGCCUCGAUGUUGUCCACUCGUAGUGACGAACCGGCGCAGAGUUACCCCCCCGACUCCCCCGUUUCCCCUCAGCGUCCCAGCGUGAGUUUAGCCCCUUUCAGCUCUUUGUUUUGGUGAACCGCGAACAGCAGACCAACCUUCAAUAAGGUGGCAACCUCUUGGGCUUUUCCCUCACGUUCUACUUUACGGAUUUGCCCCUUUCUGCUUUCACUCGCUCACUGGUUGGACCCGAAGUUAAAACCUUGAGAUAUUCCACGCACAAAAAUCACUGGCAAACGUUAAAUGUGGUGAUUCCCGAUGGAUCUGUGGGGUUUUCUACGCGGCGCUGAUAACUUAAAAAAAAACAACAACAAAGUGAACCUUGUUCUUUAAGUCGUCGUUUUCAAUGUUGUUUGGAGGAACGGGAGGAAAAAAACAAAAAAGAACUCCGGCUGUUCAGUAAUCUUGAACUCGUUCCCGUGUGUCUUUUUUAAAUCCCGUACUUCCGUCUGUACCCGUGUGCGUGUUCGUGACGCUGUGUCGGUGGUUCCUCUGGGUUUUUGAAAAAAAAUAGGGAACCGUUCGGUCCAGUGGAAUAAUCUGUUUGUCGGUGAUCAGCGGUGUCUUUAUUCUCUCCACCGUUCCUCAGAAACAUCUCUGUGUGUGGGUGUUGAUGAGGUCGUCGUCGUCGUCGUCGUCGUCGUCGUCUUCGUCUUCGCCAGGCUUCCACAAGCUUAGCCGUCUGAAUAUGACAUAUUGUUCCCCCAUUCCCUCACAGCUUGUACAUUUGCUGUCACGGCCUCCAUGGGAAUGGGACUUUGCAAAACCCCUUGCCCGGCGGGGAGCGUCCCCCCGAGCUCGGUGGGCUUGUGGAGAGAAUUUUUUUGCACAAAGCCUUUUGUUUUCUUCAGCAGCUUAUUUGCCUUUUUGCCUAUAACAAUAACUAUAUCAGACAAACUAUAUUGCGUGUACAUAUCUGAUAGCACUUGUUGUAUUGUAUUCCAGUUUUUGUUUUUGUUUUUAGUUUUUCUUAAUUUCACAUGUUUUGUAUGGUUCGGCUUUUUCAUGAUUACGUCUGUCGAUCAAAACCGGCGUGGGAUGGAAAGUGAGAAGUGUCCAUUGUUUUGUUUGUUUUUUUAAAUAAAGAUAUUCCUGAUUUGUAA